AUGCAAAGCUAUUUGAGCCAUGCAGGAGUAUUAGCUAAAUACCAGUCCUAUUUGUCCAAGAUUACCAGCAUUAGGGAGCUUGUGAACUACAAGAAAGCUGCAUUAGACCCCAAAUGGAUUGAUGCUAUGACUCAAGAACUGAAUGCACUCAAGGAAAAUGGGACUUGGACUUUGGUAGACUUACCAACAGAGAAGGCUCCUAUUGGAUGUAAGUGGGUGUUCAAGAUAAAGUAUAAGGCCAAUGGGGAGAUUGAAAGAUACAAGGCAGGACUAGUAGCCAAAGGAUACAAUCAAAUAGAAGGGCUAGAUUAUCGGAAAACAUUCUCUCCUAUAGUCAAGAUGGUGACAGUAAGAGUGGUUCUAGCUUUGGCAGCAGCAAACAACUGGAACCUACAUCAGAUGGAUGUUUAUAAUGCAUUUCUACAAGGAGACCUCACUGAAGAGGUCUAUAUGUGUUUACCUCAUGGAUUUCCCAGCCAGGGGGAGCAAAAUGAUCAGGGACUGAUCUUUGCGGCAAAAGCUAUACUGCAGAGUAAUUUCAAAAUCAAAGACUUGGGGGAAUUGAAGUUCUUCCUUGGGAUUGAGAUAGCAAGGUCCAAAGAAGGAAUAUUGAUGAAUGAAAGAAAGUUUACAAUGGAGUUAAUUGCUGAACUUGGAUUAGCAGGGUCAAAACCAGUGACCACACCAAUGGAAUGCAACUAUAGAUUCACCACUGUGGAGUAUGAUCAGCAUAUGAACUGGAAAGAAGAUGAGAAGCUGGCAGACUCAGGACCAUAUCAGAGGUUAGUUGGGAAGCUACUAUAUCUCACCAUGACUAGACCAGAUAUAUGUUAUGCAGUUCAUGUACUAAGUCAGUUCAUGCACUGUCCAACGAAAAUCUCACAUGGAAGCUGCAGUCAGGGUUGUUAG